AUGGCUAGAUCAGAAAAUGCCCUCCCCCGUUGUGUUCUUCUAACAAUUCUUUGUAUCUCUUUACUGCUAAGCACAGUAGUUGCAGUUAAUCCAAGCGGGUUAACUAUGAAGAUCUUUCAUAUAGACUCCAAGAACUCACCUCUAUACCCAGGCGACCAUUUAACACAAGAAGAAAGAUUCCAAAGACUCAUCAAACAAUCGAAAGCUCGAGCACUUUAUCUUGGAUCAAAGAAGUUGAACAGAACAAACUCGAUAAACCCCGAUGUUGCACGUUUACCACUCGCUUACGAAGCGGGAUCAUCUUAUGUUGCAUUGGUAGGAAUAGGUACUUUUGAUGAUUUAGCACAACCUUUCAAAAAUUAUUAUUUAAUGGUUGAUUCUGGCAGCGAUCUGAUAUGGACUCAAUGCCAAGGUGGUGUUUCUUAUUUUCAUCAAGACGAACCCUUAUAUCCCGCUGCAGAUUCAAGUUCGUACCAACCUCUUCGUUGUAACGAUGGCCACCCUUUUUGCGACCCAGAAGAAUGUGAUGAUGAAGACAUAUGUCGUUAUGAAGAAGUAUACUUAACCGACUCAGUUACAUCAGGUGUUUUGGCAAAAGAAAGAUUUACUGUAAAUUCAGAUAACGAUGGCCUUGAAUCUUUUGAAAUUAUCAUGGGUUGUGGCACUAAACAGGAGAAUUUCGAUCCAUUUCUUGGUGGUGGUUUUAGAAGCCAGAAGCCUGAUAUUAUUGCAGGAAUACUUGGUAUGGGUAGUGGAGCCAGGUCUUUUAUCAAUCAAUUAGGUGCCGGAGAAGGUAAAUUUGAGUACUGCCUGCAGCCAUAUACUGCUGGUGUGGCUUUAAGCACCUACUUAAGGUUUGGUUCCGACGUGAGAAUUGGAGGAGCACAACAAGUAUAUUCAUCAACUCCCUUAUUUUUCCAACCUCAUGACCCAGGUGCAUAUUACUUGCAUCUUGAAGGUAUCAGUAUAGGUCCUGAAAGACUCCCAUUUCAAAGACGUGAUUUCGAGUAUAAAGCGUAUCCGCUGCAUAGAGGCGGUUGUAUCAUAGAUUCAGGGGUUUCGGUGACCUCAAUGCAUGGACCUCUGUUUGAUAGAGUCGCAGAAAGUGUAGAUGCAUAUUUUCGGGAUUUGAAUAUUCUUCGUGUUGCAAGACCUCUCCGUGAUUUUGAUCUUUGUUUCUCUCCGAAUCCCAAGGAAGAUAAAGACUAUCCAUCGAUGACAUUUCACUUUCAAAAUGCAGCAGACUUUAUCAUGGACAAACCGGAUACUGUUUUCUUUAUUGCUGGUAAUUAUUUUUGCUUGGGUAUUGGUCGGUUUGAUGGUGUUUAUGAUGUCAUGUUUGGAGCAAUGCAACAAGCUCGAAAAAGGAUUUUACAUGAUGUUAUGAGAGGGACACUCUCAUUUGCUGCAGAGGAAUGCCAAUUGGCUUCGUAA